UUUCCCCUUGCAGAUUCAAAACUAUACGUACUAUUAUUUAAUUAAACAAAUAAAUGUUGCUGUUGUUGUGUAAUCAAAGCAAUAAGAGAGAGUACUCGCGAGUUGCGACUGUUUCAAUCAAUCAUUCUAUCUUCAUCUCUCUGCAUAGUGAUCGUGACUUGAGAAGGAUGAUGCUUCGAUAAAACUGAUCGUUUAUGUCAAGUGAGGUUGGCUCAGAGUCUAUAAGUUGGUUCAGAGAAAAAAGAUGAAUGGGAAGGUUGUGUGCAGUGUAUGUCGUAGCAAAACUAUUUCGAGGGCUUAUGAUGAUCAUAAGACUAGGGUGACCUCGAAGCAACGCGUCCUCAAUGUCCUUUUGGUUGUUGGUGAUUGCAUGCUUGUUGGUCUACAGCCUGUGUUGGUGUACAUGUCUAAGGUGGAUGGCAAGUUCAACUUCAGUCCUAUUAGUGUCAACUUCUUGACGGAAAUUGCUAAAGUUGUUUUUGCCAUUGUGAUGCUUUUAAUCCAGGCCAAGCACCAAAAAGUUGGGGAGAAGCCACUUCUAUCUGUUUCAACAUUUGUCCAGGCAGCUCGAAACAAUGUGCUUCUUGCUGUUCCAGCCCUGUUGUAUGCAAUCAAUAACUAUCUCAAGUUCACAAUGCAGCUAUAUUUCAACCCUGCUACUGUGAAGAUGCUUAGCAAUUUAAAGGUUUUGGUCAUUGCUGUUCUACUGAAGAUGGUAAUGAAGCGGCGGUUUUCCAUCAUUCAGUGGGAGGCACUUGCUCUGUUGCUGAUAGGGAUUAGUGUAAAUCAACUGCGCUCUCUUCCUGAAGGUGCUACCGCCAUUGGCAUUCCUCUUGCUACGGGUGCAUACAUCUGUACCAUUAUCUUUGUUACUGUCCCAUCAAUGGCAUCUGUCUUCAACGAGUAUGCUCUGAAGAGUCAGUAUGACACAAGCAUUUAUCUACAGAACUUGUUUCUUUAUGGCUAUGGUGCGAUAUUCAACUUUCUUGGCAUACUAGCAACUGUUAUAUAUAAAGGUCCUGAAAGCUUUGACAUCCUACAAGGACAUUCAAGGGCAACCGUGUUUCUAAUAAUGAACAACGCAGCACAAGGGAUUCUAUCCUCCUUUUUCUUCAAAUAUGCAGAUACAAUCUUGAAGAAAUAUUCAUCCACAGUAGCCACAAUAUUUACCGGCAUAGCAUCUGCAGCACUCUUUGGACAUGUGAUAACCAUGAACUUCCUUCUUGGGAUUUCCAUCGUUUUCAUUUCAAUGCACCAGUUCUUUUCACCCCUUGCCAAAGUGAAAGACGAGCAUCAACAGAACGGUAGCCUAGAAUUAAGCAAUGCAAAGGAUACACACAGGGCUGAUGAUUCAUUCAUCAACAUGGCCGCAGGAGCAAAUGAAGAGGCUACUCAACGUGGUGAAUCAGACGAUAGAACACCGCUUCUUCCCAGAUGAAAUGUUUCUUAAAAAUAGGAUUUUUGAACUCACAAGGAGUAUGUUCCAGGUUGCAUAGUGAAGCAAAUUUUGAUGAGACCAACUCUUUAGCCUCUCAAGAGUCGGUUUUAAGUUCGUGGAAGAACCUCUCAUGUCUAUAGAUGUAUUGUCUUAAGAUAGCUUGAGCAAACUUCGUUAAGUGAUACAUAACAUUUUGUAUUCUUUGUUUUUUUUGUGAAGGUAACUUUUCUGCU